AUGGGUCAUAAGCGGGAAGCUCCCGCCGGUGGUGGUGGUGGUGGUGGUGGUGGUGGUGCUGCAGCACGGAGCUUCGUUUGUGUGCAUAAUGACAUUCACAUCCAUUUGUUGGAGGGUCUCUGUGUAUCACCUCUGAUGGGAAAAGAGGUAGCCGCAGGAAGCAAAGCCGAGCAGGAACAUCAACGGCUCUGUGAUUUGAUGCCAGUAGAUGUCACAGGAACUGGUAAUGCUACUGAAUAUUGCAGCAUCAGAGCUCCACCAUUCUCCGGUGCAGGAUACAGCAACAUUGCAAUGCAGAGCAAACAGGAAUCAUCAGCAGCCGUUAUUAAAUGCAUAAAUUUCCUCUCGAACAUUGCGCUUGCUGUGGUCAAAUCCGCUCGCUCGGCCUCCCUACCGUACCCACGUGCCGUCCUUUGGAGUGCAACGCAAAGAUCCGGUGCCCGCUCUCCGACUGCGGAGAGGUUGAGUGGCUGUAAGUGUGCAUCUACGUUUGCAAUCCAAAUCAAAUCAAUAUUGGCGAUGUGCUCCAAACCCAACCCGAACGGCAGUAACGUUCUGAUAGUCGGUGCUCUGUUUUUAAUAAUUGUAGAAAUAAAUCAAACUGAUUGCAAUUCCAUACUCCCCAAUGUGGGUACAAGGGGCCGAACGGCCGCUACAACGACGGCUGCAGCCGCAGCGGCAGGAUUGACCACUAUCAACACCCAGCCCUCAGGCGGCGAUGAGAACGCUAGCAAUAGCACCAGCAGAAAUAGUCACAACUAUGAAGAAACGACGACCGGGUAUUUGGCAGCUUCUGAAAGGACGACCACUGUCAGAAGCAGCAAAACCACUAGCACUGCCGCCCAUUCCGUCUACAAGACGCCUACCGGCAGCAUAGCGUCCAUGUCCUCCAAUACCAGCAGCCUGGGCAACGGUUUCGAGGGUCAGAUACCGUUGGAACGAUUACCAUCCAAUACACUGCUCAAGUAUACUGCCUACAAGGACGUUUCGAUUCUACACUUCCGUAUACCGACCGACACCCGUACAGCCUUCUUUAGUUUUAAGGCAUACGAGGAAUCUAAAAGUGCCUUUCAACGUGUGUGUCAACCGAACGACAUAACGUUACACCUAAAAGCUGGCAGCUAUCCAGUGAUUAGUCCGGAGAAUAUUACGUUUCCGAAGCACUUCCUGCGGACCGACGAAAGAUUCGAGAUACAUAAUUUACAAUUUAAAUCCGACAGCAUAACGCGUCGGCUGAGCAUAGAUGGACCACAUCCGGGUAAUUGGUUUGCCGUGGCGUUCAUCAGCUGGACGGACCCGAACAACGAGCGAAUCGAGCAGCAAGGUCUCGCUCCAUCCUGCGAAACGCUGCUGAUGUCUGAGAUGGCCGUGGCGCACGCUGUUCCGUUCAUUCUGAACGCACAGCAGUCACACACGGACACGAUCAGCAGCAAUCACACCGAACCGAGGAGCUACAAGAUCUUCAUUCCGAGCGGGGUAGCGGUAGUUUCCUGGCGCUUUCAGAUUACCAAACCAUGCAACGAGUGCAGCGAUGUGAGCUUCUUCGUUCAGGCUCACUCGCUUCCGACGCACAAGGAUUACCUGGAAAGUGCGGUCUUCUGUCCGAACCAAACGGAUACGAUCAGAGUUGACUUGUAUCCUCAGGAAAAUACCUGGCACUAUGCUGAUUUGGAAUUUUUAACCAGUGACGAAAGCCGCUUGAAUAGGACGGUAAACAACACCAACGAAGCUGUUGGUGAAGUGAAAUUAUUAGAAUUAGAAUAUGUCAUAACGGUUGAAUUCAUCAUUGCUGACAGUGACCACUCUCAGAAACAACAAUUGAAGUCAGUGGGUGACGAAAAGAUGAAAUCAUCAACCGAAAAAACGUUGUUCCAAAGAUCGUUCGAUCAUUACCCGUUACUUCGUCAGACGUAUCGCGAAUUCUUUAUGUUUGAUUAUGACCUUUUACCGGAUAUCAACGGAACCGUGCCGUUGACGCUGAAUCUUAGCGCAGAUAGUCCUGCUAUGAUGAAAUUCGACGUGAAUGAUGUCUACGACAUCGGUGGAACACUGAGUUUUGCGGUCGCUAUGCGACAGGAUAUGAAAAGUGCUUUGAUCGAUGCUCAUCAAGCGAACAGCAACGAUCACGUGGGGGUUGUUGCCGAAAAAUUGAUUGAUGUUCAAGACUUUGUCGAAGAUACAACAACGACGACAACGACAACUAGUACGACAGCGGCGCCGGCAGCGACAGGUGGGGUGAAGGAAUCGAAUAAAACCAACCAAACGGUAAUCGUUUGUAUGCGACUCGGUGAACCGGGUGUACCGACCUGGCCAGACAAAUGCACCUACGCGAGACAUACUUUCCCGGCCGCCAUAAUUAUUAACAAUACCGAUUCAGAUACCAGUACCGGGCUGGUACAUAUUCCGUUUCCGGAACCUGGCAGGUGGUUUGUAACGUUGGGGAUAUUCUGCCCGGGGACCGAAACGGCAGCCAGAGUUACCAUUAUAGAUAGUGUGAAAGAAUUUAUAAAGAGAAACCGAGCAAUACUGCAGGAUAUAAAACGACCGUGCUCUUGUGCUGAAUCGGCUGCAGUUUACUAUCAGUGUCUCGGUGAAGAAACUUGCUUGGUUAAUUUAAAUGAAACAGAAACGCUUAAGAUUAAAGAGUGCAUUAUGGAUUCCAAGUGCACCGAUAGCUCAGACGAGAUGGCGCGAAAAUUUGAAGCACACCAUAAAUAUGCUACGGAACAAAGCGUUUCGGCUGAUGGCGCAUGUAACGGGAGUGUAGUGUUUACGAUAUCAUCCAGUCCAUGCGUGGCAGGCCGAUGUGGUCGGUUUGGUCGUUGCUACCAUUACAUGUCCGGUGGUUUUGUAUUUUCGACGUGUUUAUGUUUGCGUAAUUACCGUGGUUGGGAUUGCACCGAAGACUCACAGGUUCCGUCCAGUGCAUCCAUCCUGCUUGCCUCGCUAAUGUUGACAUUGUCUAACCUAUUGUUCCUACCAAGUAUUUUCUUUGCCAUCAAGCGAGGUUACUAUACGGAAUCAAUUAUUUAUUUCUUUGCAAUGUUCUUUUCUACGUUCUACCACGCCUGUGACUCCGGCGAGGAGGAGUUUAGCUUCUGUCUCGUCAAAAUAGGGGUCUUACAAUUCUGUGAUUUCUACUGUGGCCUAUUAGCCAUCUGGGUUACCUUGAUAGCAAUGUCCAAUGUAAGACACCAGUUUGUCUCGCUACUGCACAUGCUGGGCGCUAUUCUACUGGCGUUUGGAACUGAACUGAACAAACAGUCCCUAUGGGUAUUCCUAGCCCCGGCACUGACUGGAAUCUGCCUGAUCUCCGUCAGCUGGGGCAUACGAUGUCGAAAGACGAGAAAAUGUUUCCCUUCUCGAAACUAUCUGGCCAUUUAUCUACCAGUGGGCAGUGUGCUCGUCAUGGUCGGUCUCGUUUGCUAUGCUUUCUUACAAACCAAACAAAACUACCACAUUGUCCACUCGAUCUGGCACAUGGUAAUGGCUCUCAGUAUCCUCUGCCUGCUACCCAGCCGGGAAACCUUUCAGCCAAAAUGCUAG